AUGGAGGAGCGCCUGAGGAACCUAGAGUUGCUCCUGAAGAAGGCGAACGCGUACACGACGAUCCUCCAGCAGUCUAUCGCCCCACCUGCACCUCCCACUCCGCCACCAGCCAAGAAGGCGAAGCGCAAGCCCGCGCCGAAAAAGGGGCGUGGCAAGCGCACGAAGGCAGAGGCCAGCGAGGAUGAGGAGAACGAAGCGCCUGUGAAGAAGCGCAAGACAGGGGAAGGAGAGGCAGUCGCGGAGGAAGACGAGAAGCCGGUGUUCAGUGCGCGGGCGCCUAUUGCUCAGCCCAAGCUGAUCACUGGCGCGACCAUGAAGGACUACCAGCUGGAGGGCUUGCGAUGGAUGGUUGGCCUUGACAGCAAUGGCGUCUCUGGUAUUCUCGCCGACGAGAUGGGAUUGGGGAAGACACUACAGACCAUCGCUUUCAACGCGUACAUUCGCGAGCUCAAGCACUCCAAGCACUUCCUCAUCGUCUGCCCGCUCAGCGUACUCCACAACUGGGUGGCGGAGUUCGAGAAGUUUGCCCCUGACAUCCCCGUUUGCAUGUAUCACGGCACUGUCGAUGAGCGUGCUGAGCUGCGACGUACGGUGAUGGCGCCUAUUGGCAAGAUGGAGAAGCCCAAGAAGGAGCCUGCAACGAAGGGGAAGAAGUCGAAGGCAAAGGGCGCGAAGAAGGGCUCAGCUGGCAAGAGCGCUCAACCGUCCAAGUCUGGCAAGCGUAUUAUCAAGCCCAAGGCCCGUAGGAGCGGUCGUCUCAACCGCAAUAUGCAAGUGGACGAGGAAGAGGAAGAAGAGGAAGAAUCCAGCGAGUCCGAAGCCGAUGAUGAAGAGGCCGACCCAGACUUCGUGGUCCGCAAGGACGAUGAUAACGAGGACGACAAGAAGAAGAAGCGCGGUGUGGGGCAGGUUGAUAGGCUGCAGAAGACGCUCGGGAUCGACCCGUCGAAGCUGAGCGCGGAGGAUGAUUUCGAGGACGAUGGGGACGAUGCAAGCGCGUUCCCGGUGGUGGUGACGACGUAUGAGAUGAUCAUUCGGGACGCGGCGCAUCUAGCGGACUAUGACUGGGGGUAUAUCAUUGUUGACGAGGGUCACCGGCUGAAGAACAUCGACUGCAAGUUGAUGCGGGAGAUCAAGCGUUAUAACACUGCGCACAGAAUGAUUCUGACGGGAACACCGUUGCACAACAAUCUCUCCGAGCUGUGGUCUCUCCUCAACUUCGUCCUCCCCGACAUCUUCCAGGACCUGGAGUCCUUCCAAGAAUGGUUCAACAUUCCCUACAUCCAAGAAACCCUCGGCACCGAGCGUUCCAGCAAGAUCAUCAACGACCUCCACGCCCUUCUCAAGCCUUUCCUCCUCCGCCGCCUCAAGUCCGACGUCGAGACGAACCUGCCGCCGAAGAAGGAGUACGUGCUGAACGCGCCGCUCAGCCGGCAGCAGCGCGAGACGUACGACCAUAUCGUGAACGGAACUCUCAGGGCGUAUCUGAUCGGGAAGGAGAAGGAAAAGGAGGGCAAGGAGAAGAAGCUGACGGAGGAGGAGCUGAACGCGCCGAGGCAGUUGAGGGUGAAGGGGAGGAUGAAUGGGAGGUAUACGGUGGAUGGGGAUGAUGAUGAAUAUUUUGAGAAUUUGGAGAAUGGGACGUUGGAUGGGCGAGGGCUGAAGAAGAUCGAGCCGAAGGAGAAGACGGCGGCGGAGCUGGGUGAGGAGUGGCAGAAGCAGGCGUUGGCCAAGAAAUACCGCAACCUUAGCUUGCAGAACACCGUGAUGCAGCUGCGGAAGGUGUGCUCGCACCCGUUCUUGUUCGACUGGCCACUGGAUCCGGAGACCCAUGCGCCGGUGAUAGACGAGUCGCUCGUGCAUGCGAGUGGCAAGAUGAUGGUUUUGGAAAGGCUGCUAGACGAGCUUUUCCGCCGCAAGCAUAAGGUGUUGCUGUUCAGUCAGUUCACGAAGAUGUUGGACAUCAUCGAGGAUUGGGCUAUCGAGUUCAAGGGCUGGAAUCUGUGCCGGAUUGACGGACAGACGCCGCCACUCGAGCGACGGGCAGAGAUGGACCGCUUCCAGACGGGCGGUGAUGCGCCGGAUGCGCCGUGCUUGUUCUUGCUCAGUACGAGGGCGGGCGGCCUAGGCAUCAACCUGACUGCUGCCGACACCGUCAUCUUCUACGACCAGGACUGGAAUCCCCAAAUGGACGCCCAAGCCCAGGACCGCGCGCACCGCAUCGGCCAAACGCGUCCUGUGCUCAUCUUCCGCCUCGUUAGCGCGCACACCAUUGAGACCAAGAUCAUGCAGCGUGCGACCGAGAAGCGCAAGCUUGAGGCGCUGGUCAUCGCCAAGGGCCGCUUCAAGGCGCCCACAGCGGCCGCGCGGGCGGCGACCAUGGCGGAGAUGGCUUCUGCGCUGCUCCAGCUUGAGGGCGAGAAGAUCAAUGUGGUCGCGGACACCAAGGAGGACCGGGCGAGCGUGCUGAGCGACGCAGACUUGGAUAAGCUGCUCGACAGAAGCCCAGAGGUGUUCGCGGGCCGCCAGAAGGGCUGGACGUCGGCGACGGGGACUGGGAGGGAGGAUGGAAGUGCGGCAUUCGCGGUGUACGAUGCGCCGGGGGUAGAGAGCGCGAACGAGGCGCUGACGAAUCUGUUUGGGGAGCAGGUGGAGGAGUAG